AUGUCGAAAGACGAAAAGGAAUGUGUUAUUCCAGACGUGAUAUACGAUGUAAACUCGGGAAAAAGUUAUAUCAAGGGACGAUUUUUUGGAAAAGGUGGUUUUGCAAAAUGUUACGAGAUCAGAGAGUCAAAAUCACAUUGUGUGUUUGCUGGAAAAAUUGUGCCCAAGUCACAAAUUACAAAAAGCAAUCAAAGAGAGAAAAUGACACAAGAGAUCAGCAUUCACCAAACUUUAAACCACAAGAAUGUUGUUGGAUUCUAUGGUUUUUUUGACGAUCCUCAAAAUGUAUACAUAAUAUUGGAGUUAUGCAGGAAAAGGUCAAUGAUGGAAUUACACAAACGCAGAAAAGCACUAACAGAAUGUGAAACCAGAUAUUAUAUGAAGCAAAUUUUAGAUGGUGUGAAUUACUUGCAUCAAAAUAAAAUAAUUCACAGAGAUCUAAAAUUAGGUAACUUAUUUUUAAGUGAUGAUCUGCAAGUGAAAAUUGGUGAUUUUGGAUUGGCUACCAGACUUGAGCAUGAAGGGGAACGUAAAAAGACACUGUGUGGGACACCUAAUUACAUAGCACCAGAAAUUUUAACCAAGGCUGGUCAUUCUUAUGAAGUAGAUAUAUGGAGUAUUGGAUGCAUUAUGUAUACUUUGCUUGUGGGAAAACCUCCAUUUGAAACAUCAAGCUUAAGGGAAACCUAUAACAGAAUCAAACAAGUUCAGUAUAAAAUUCCCACGCAUAUCAAUACAAUUGCAAUGAACACAAUAUCUAAUAUGUUACAAGGGAAUCCAUCCCAACGUCCUUCCAUAACAAAGCUAAUGAAAGAUCCAUUCUUUGCAUGUGGUUAUAUGCCAGUUAGUUUGCCAAUUUCAUGUUUAACAAUGGCUCCUCGCCUAGAUAUGCUAGAAAUGCAUAAUCAACGUAAACCAUUGUCUGAAAUGAACACUAACAUAGGAGGAGAGGGACAAGACUUUAUAUUCCGUGUACCUAAUAGUCCAGCGCGUAAAACAAAACCUACAGAUGCAAUAAGUGAAGUUCAAAAAAUAAACCUUGACAUUAAAAAGAUGCUUGAGACGUUGAGAGAGCAGCUGGCUGCUGUAUUAAAAUCUAAACCAAGUAGAGAGACCACUUCGUCACCAGAUGAAAUGACGGAUCCAGCUGCACAACCUUUAGUAUGGAUAAGUAAAUGGGUUGACUACUCGGAUAAAUAUGGUUUCGGAUACCAACUUUCCGACGAUGGUGUGGGUGUGAUGUACAAUGACGGUACCCGAUUAAUAAUGCUGGCUAAUUGUUUUAAUAUUCACUAUAUAAAUCGCGAGGGAAACGAAUUGUAUUAUACAGUCAAAGAAUACUCACUAGAAUUAGAGAAAAAAAUGAAAUUAAUGAACUUCUUCCUGAAAUACAUGAGGGAACACUUGAUGAAAGCCGGAAGUUCCGUUGCCGUGAAACCAUGCGAUGCCAUGUCUAGAAUACCGUACAUACAUCAAUGGUUUAGAACACAGAAUGCUGUAGUUAUGCAGUUGACUAAUGGAACAGUACAAAUAAACUUCUUGGAUCAUACAAAAAUUAUUAUGUGUCCAUUAAUGGCGGCUGUCACAUAUAUAGACACAGAAAGGAAUUUCCGAACUUACAGAUUCCAGACAAUUCUAGAGAACGGAUGUUGUAAAGGUUUGGCUAAAAAUUUGGCAUACGCCUACGAGAAACUUGUACUAAUGUUAUCGAAUCCACAAACUCGAUAA